AUGCCACGGUCGGUCGCCGUCCUGAGCAUCAUCCUGGCCUUCACCAGCCUCAGCUUUUUCACAUCAGCCCAAUCCCUCCCAACGGAACCUCAAAACGAUACCUGGAAUUCCUCCUACCACCUGACUACUCAACAGAUCACCUCUGCCAAUCUCUCCGCCCACCUCGCCGAUGCAGUUGCCCUGGCCCUCAACUUCGAGCGAACGAACCGCGCCGGCGGCCCCGUCUCCUCUGACCCCUUCUACACCUCCCUCCCAGCACCCAAUUCUUCCAACAGCGCUCCUGGAUCACUGCUGCGAGUUGAGCCCUACACCAACACCAGCCUCUACACCCUCCCUCCAGGCGUCGCGCUUUCCCGCUUCAUCUACAUGACGCGCACCUCCAAUGACACCAUUGUCCCAGCCUCCGCCUACAUUCUCUGGCCAUUCACGCCGCGCACCUUUCCCUACUCAUCCAACUCCAGCACCAGCAAACCGGAAUCCUUGCCCAUUGUUGUCUGGGCCCACGGCUACUCCGGCGAAUCUGCCUCUUGCGCUCCUUCUUCCUCCCGCGUACUGCACCAAGACUUCCAGGCGCCCUUCACACUCGCCCUACAGGGGUACGUCGUCGUGGCGCCCGAUUUCUCCGGCCUUGGCGGUCUAACCGCCGGCGCAGGACACGGCGACGAUCUGCUAUUUGCGGUCCCAGCAGCGAGGGCAGCCUUCCCCGGUGAGCUACGCAACAGCUCCUUCGUCUUGAUGGGCCACAGCACAGGUUCGAAGGCGUCAUGGGGCGCCGCGAGUAAUCUUGCUUUGCUCUCAGCGCAAUCGCAGAACGACUCUCAGUCGGCUCAAGAGUUGCAAAUGGUAUCCAAGGGCUAUCUAGGUACGAUCGCUGUCUCACCCUGGCAGCCACCGUAUCUACAAUUGCCGCUGAGCGAAGAAGCCAAAAUACCCAAUGCGCUGUCCAUCUACACCUCGGUGAACAUAGCGGGUGAUUUGAGAGCCGCCAACGGGGAUAACUUCAACAUCAGCACCUUCCUCAACGACCAAGCCCUAGCCUAUUACAAUCUCAUAUACGAGCUAGGUGGCUGCAUUGCCACGCAUCAGACACUACUCUUCCUCGGAGAGCCGAUACAGGAUGUCUUUCAAGAUGGCUGGUAUGCUGUGCCAGAGUACCUACGGUACGCGGCAUCGAUCAAGAAUGCGGGAUUGCCGGUCAUGGGGCCACUGUUGGUGUUGCAGGCUACGGGGGAUCCCUUAUCUAACGCGACGAUCGCGCAACAGCAGGUCAACGAGACGUGCGGUGCAUUUCUAGACGUAGACAUCGAGUAUGUCGAGUACAAUAUCACUGGCCACUCGGACGUGCUGUUCGCGGCGCAAACUAGGUGGUUGAAAUGGAUCGAGGAUAGAUUCGCAGGGGCGGCAGCGGACACAGCUGGUAGUGCCAGUGGCGUUGUGAAGGGACCUGGCCAAGGAACAGGCAAUGGCGGAAGUGCUGGCGUCGGUGGCUGCUCUUGGGAAUGGGUGCAGCCGGGCACGUCUCGUCCCGUGGAGGCUUACGUGCAAGGUGGUCCAAGAUUUAUUCUCGAGUAUGCACAGGAGGGUUACCAGCUGGCUUGA